AUGUCGGGCACCUUGAGCAGGCCGAGCGAGUGGGCGAAGGGGGCGACGUCGAUGGCAUUCACAUCGAAGACGAGCUUGUUCGCGGCGAAGUAUACAGAGCGGAGGUACGCGAUGAAGGCUUUCUGUGCCUCGUACUUCAGCCCCUGCACCACAAGCGCCACGAAUAUCUCCUUCGACUCCUGCAGCAUGCCCGGCCGUAUGGCGAUCUCACGCAGCGGGAUGUGCUUGUGGGCGAGGUAG